GUCCCGCGCGCGCGCCCGUCACCGGAGGAGGAGAAGCGAGGACAGAAGGCGACAGGAAGACACAGCGAAAAUAAAAACAAUCACUUCUCACUAUUGUUCCCCCUCUCUCGCCGGUUAACCGCCUCACCAAAAAACCCAGCAGCCAUGUCAGAGGAAAAGCCAAAGGAGGGUGUCAAGACCGAGAAUGACCACAUCAACCUGAAGGUUGCGGGGCAAGAUGGCUCAGUGGUCCAGUUCAAAAUCAAAAGGCACACAUCCCUCAGUAAACUCAUGAAGGCGUACUGCGAACGACAGGGACUAUCAAUAAGGCAGAUCAGGUUCAGGUUUGACGGCCAGCCAAUCAAUGAGACUGAUACACCUUCGCAGCUGGAGAUGGAAGACGAAGACACCAUAGACGUUUUCCAGCAGCAGACAGGCGGCCUCUGCUAAAGCCCCUCCCACCUCAGUGACCGCCACCAUCAGACCACACCCCUCUGACAUCAUCACCCGUCAUCGCACCUCUCAGCUAUUAUUAUUAUUAUUAUUAUUAUUAUUGACCAUUUGUUCAGUUAAGCUAUGUCAUGUUGGGCUUCGGGGUGGGGCACUACUUUCUCUAGGUGUGAGUGAGCAACACAGGCUGUGAUUGGACCAACGGCUAUCGAGUAGUGUUACUGUCCGUCAAAGGGCCACCCAUAUUUCAUUUUUCCCUCAUGUUUUUUUUUUUCUGAACCCCUGCUGUCCUUGAAAUUGUUUUUAAAAGCUCUGCUUUUUAGUCGGCUUCACUAAAGAAAUGUGCGUUUUGUAACCCCUGUGCCGCCGCGGAAUAGACGCCCGCUGGUUUUUCUGUACAGACACAAGAGAAUGGAUGUAAGCUAAAUAUCGGCCACACAGAAGGAGUCUGUACUUUUUGGUUACUUCCUUUUUUUCUUUCUCGUUGUCCCACGUGCGUACCGCCAAGUAUUUAUUCAGACUGACAGAUGGCUGCAUGGAUAGAAUGGACGCCCACUCGGGGCCCUCGUCCUGUAAAUUCAGUAUAUUAUUGUGAAACACCUAACGUUUUUGCUUUGAUAAAAUAAUGGCCUAAAAUUAGUGCAAAUGCGACAUAUUUGUUUGUGGGGGACGCCCAAGCUGUCCCCGGCCGUGGGACGGUGCACGACAGCACGCUUUGUAUUAUACGCUAAGAAUCUUCAUCCAGUCUUGUAUUGUAGCUUAAAAUACUGUUCUAGGAGAUUGACGCUUUUCUCCCGCAGAUGCCCUCCUUAGCAUUUUAAUGUCAUGUACUCCCUUUUGGGAAAAAAAAUAGAAAUAGUUCACUUCGGUUUCUGUGUGCGUCCAGUCCAUAUAAGAGCAUUCUUAAUCUAAAAUCACUAAAGCUCUCCUGUUUUGGAUUUUUGCAUCAAAAUAAGCACAUUUUCCCCUGAAUAAAUUCGAGUUCUCCCGGUUUAGUUAAUAAAGAAACCCACAACGUUACAACAAAAGGGGCCCAGGUCUUUAUCAUGUUAUUUGUUUCUCUACUGAUUUGUACAUUAUUUGUGGUCUUUUACUACUGUAUACAAUAAAUAUAGUUUGGUACUCAGA